AUGAAUAAACAACCACUCGUGCAGAUACAUGAUAAAGCACCACAAGUGGACCUUAUCCCAACAACAUCGUGUCGUUUGCCCACAACAUCCGGUCAGUACAAGAAACGACUGUUGCAAAAAUAUGAGAAGGAACAGGAAGAUAAAAAAAUACCAAAAUGUGAACCGAAUCAGUUAGUGACAUCUGAUUCUACGGAUACCGCAUCAACAUACACACCAGUCGCGGAAAGCACAGAUGUGCUGGGCUCGAAAUUGGUAAUUCAAAAAUCCAGCUUCACUGUAUAUCUCCACGUUUUGCAGCCGCUGUUAUCAGCGAACGAACCGUUUGGAAGUCAGCAGCAAUUCAAUGCCUGGAUGCAGCAUCAAAUUCUUACUUGGCGUAAUCACUGGUACCGAAAUCCAGGAUCGAUCUCAUCUAUCCGGGCACCAAGCCCUACUUUAAUGAGAGUAAGUGUUCGUAAAAACAAGGGCUCUUUUCGAUGA